AUGGCCCCUGUUCGCACCAGAAAGAAAGGAAGAGGAACCCUCUAUUCUUCCCCCUACAAGCGCCACAUGGGCACAUUUCUCCGCCAGCCCCCGGUUCCUCCUUCCCUCGCACCUUCGAUCCCCGCUCUGCCUCCCAUUGCGAUAAUUCCCUCCGCCGGGAAGGUCGGAAUCCCUCUCCAGCAGUUCUUAGCAUCCGCCGCUCUCUCCUCUGCGGUGAAAAUUAUCAACCCGCCCACAGAGAAAGCCGCGACCCCGCCGCAAGAACCUCUCGCAGGUGCUGCCACGACCGCACUCAGAGACCUUCCCGCCGAAACAAUCCUUACCAUUGAGAAACUUACAAUCUCGCUCGAGGAGUUUCCACCCUCUGCCGCGACGACGACGACCGCUACCAAAGACCUGCCCGCCGCCAACACAUCAGUAACAACCUGCAUUGGUGUCCGUGCGGUUCGCAAGCCCGUUGCCGCUCAAUUCACAUUCAAUGACACACCCUCUCUUUUCGCCCGUGGCACUGGUCGAGCGAGAAAGAAUGUUGGUAGGCCGAUCCCGUUUAAGCUCUUCCAGCGUCCGCCGGACAAUGGCGGUAUGCGGUUGCGCGAGGAUCCGGUGAAGGGGACGGUGUUUAAUGGCGGCAUGUUUGCGCAGUUCUUGAAGGAGAGUAGUGAAAGAGAGAGUGACGCAAAGGAGAAUGAUGAAAGGGGCAGUCCGAUGAAGCUGGAUUCGCCGGUGAAGGUGGAUGUGCCAGUGCAGGUGCCUAUGCCGGGGCUUGGAAGUGAUAAAACGCCGGAUGUCGGUUCUGGACCGCCGCACGUCAAGCCUAAAUUACCACCACUGUUCCAAAGAAUUAUCCCUACUCUCACCGGAACUCAGAGCGGGCCCAUGAUGAGCAACGUUAAUAGAAAGGUCUCUCAGGAUGAAGACGAAGAUGCCAAAGAAGAGGAAGAAACAGACGCCAACAAACAGCCACACAUUGACGCCCACACUCACGUCGGUCAGGUGCCCUGGGUCGACGACCCCACCUACCUCACCACCGCCACGCGCGGCGCUGUCCCCGUCGGCAACCACUUGCCCUCCCUCCUGGCGGCGAUCGAACGCGGGAAGACGAUCCUUGCACUUGAGACACCUUUACCAGUUCCCCCAAGCGCUGGUUGUACUCCUACUCCAAACCGCCGCCAGAGUCUGGCUUACGACGCUGUUGUCGAGUUUCUCACGCCGAAGGCUGAGAUUAAAGAUGCCACGCCAAUGAUGGAGAAGAAGGAUGAGUUUGCGGCGUCGCCGGCGUUCAAUUUGACGCAGCGGGGUGUGAGGGAGAGGAGGCUGGGGCCAAUCGAGGGGGCUGUACAGGGGUGGGGUGGGAGGAGCAGGGUUAGGGUCGUGGCAACGGCGGAGGGGGUGAAUAUCGAAAGGUAUGGCCUUAUGAUGAGGAGGUUGUAA